GGAAACACUCUUCUCUCAGUCCUAUGCGAGCCGUCACAUAUUUUCAACAUGGCUGACGAGACUGUAAACGUAGAGGCGGCGGCCUUAACAACGCAUGACCGUGACCAGGAUCUUAAAACAACAAAGAUUCCAACUGCUGAAGUCCAUGUGCCAAAUGUUCAUAGUGAUCCAUCAAAGUCACGACCAAGGAAAUUUCCGGAUAUCCCCCUUUUUGAGAGAAAAAAUUGGCUGAUUCACCUACAUUAUGUACAACGGGAAUUUGAGAAAUGUAAAGUCCUUAUCCGAGAAGUCCUGGGAGAGAGCAGCGGCAUGUGUGAAUAUGCAGUAUAUGUACAAGCACUGAUUCUGAGACAGGAAGGAAAGAUUCAAGAGUCUUUAGAACUCUUUCAGACAUGCGCUCUUCUUAAUCCCCAUAGUGCUGAUAAUCUCAAGCAAGUGGCCCGAUCUCUUUUCCUCCUUGCCAGACACAAAGCAGCUAUUGAUGUCUACAAUGAAGCAGCCAAACUAAGUGAGCGGGACUGGGAAGUGGCCCAUAACCAAGGUGUCUGUUAUAUGUACCUGAGGGAUUUUGAGAAGGCUAAACAGUGUCUGCAUCAUGCCCUGGAAUAUCGCCGUCAUGAAGUGACCUAUGUGAUGUUAGGCAAAAUAUUCUUGAUGGAGGGAGACAUCAAACAUGCCAUCGAUGUCUAUCGAGCAGCUGUGGAACAUUCGCCAGAGAAUCCAGAUCUGUUGACCACUCUAGGGCUUCUUUACAUGCAGGUUGGGCAGUAUCAGAAGGCAUUUGAGAGUUUGGGAAAUGCUCUGACAUUUGACCCAACACACACUAAAGCCAUUAUGGCUGCAGGCAGCAUGAUGCAGAGUCACAAUGAUUUUGAUGUAGCUUUGACAAAAUAUCGCAUCCUCGGUGUCAACACACCAGAGAGUCCCCCACUGUGGAACAAUGUGGGCAUGUGCUUCUUUGGCAAGAAAAAAUAUGUUGCAGCAAUCAGUUGCCUAAAGCGAGCUAACUACCUUGCACCGUUUGACUGGAAAAUUCUCUACAAUCUGGGCUUGGUGCAUCUGACCAUGCAGCAGUAUGCCUCAGCCUUCCACUUUUUGUCUGCAUCCAUCAACCUGCGUCCCAAAAUGGCUCACCUUUACAUGUUGCUGGCUGUUGCUUUAACUCAUCUAGAAGAUAUGGACAAUGCUCUUCAGUCCUAUGAACAGGCUGUGAAGCUGGACCCAACCGACCCAACCAUUCCCCUCAACUACUGCGUGUUUCUGUACAACAGCGGACAGCGAAAGCAGGCAGCCAAGCAGUUCUCCACUUUUGAGCAACUUCUGAGGGCCCCCAAACAAAGCCAGCAACCUGUAGACCAAGCUGUGCUGGAUUUGGCAUCCAAGCUGGGCCCCGUACUACAGGUUGGAGAAAAUUUGGUGUGGAAACAACCAGCCCAGCCCUCUGGGCCCCCAGUCGGCGAGACACCAACACCAACACCAGUGCCACCUUCUGUUGACAACAUCAGCAACGAUGCUGAGCGCCAGGGUGCCUAUGCUGUGCCUAGUAGAGAAGGAACCAGGAAUGACUUGAACAACAACCACAACCUUGCUAGCUCUGAAGCAGAUGACAGCUCUCAGACAGGAGCAGACAAUCUCAGCCAGCUGCCACUCCAAGGUUUUGAGAAUCUAGACCGCAGCCAACUGCGGACUCCUUUGGGCCUGCCUUCAUCACCAGCCCCACUCACUAGAAUGGCUACAACAACUGGCCUUGACCCCGAAAUUCUGGCCUCUCCCACAGUAGAGGAAACUGCACCAGAUGCCCUCUAUGCCAUGCCCAUGAAGAGAAGUGUAACCAGAGGUGGGCUGGCACCCUUGACACAUGGGUCAAGUACCAGGGGAGGAGCCUUGCCUGCCUUGAGCCGCGCACCAUUACCACCUGCCCAUGAUCCAGAGGAUGAUGAUGACAAUGAAUGUGAAGAGAUUGAGGAGCAAAUUGAGACUGUGAAGCAGCGUGCCAUGUGAAAGAGAAAUGGACUUUGACACCCUCAUAUAGAAGACUGUACACUAUUUGGGUAGUAUGAAGUGGGGUUUUUUUUGGGGGGUGGGGGAAUUGUUGAAAUUUUCUUGUUAUUUACUCUAUGGCUGUCAAGUCAUUUUAAAUAAUUUACUGACAUAGCACAGUCACAUGUAGAGAGCAUGUAGAAACACAAGUUGCACAGAUUGCAGGGUACAGGGUUUAUUUUGUAUUCUGAGGUUAUUUUCUGAGGUUGUGAAGUUUGAUCAUAUUUCAGUUGUGACUUAAUGAAAAGUUCAUUGGUAAAGUGUUAAAUAUCAGAGAACUAUAAGCAAUCUGGUCAUAUUAUGGUCCCACCUUCGUGAUCUUUGUCUUAUUUAUAACAAUGCUGAGGAAUUAUUUUUCAGUGAUUAUUAAAUUUAGAAAUUUGAAUUUGAGGCUCAUUUGUCCUGAAAUAUCAGUAUUUCAUGUGCAUGUCAACAUCAAUGAGUGUUUCAUGUCAUCGGUCUCUCCAGUCUGUGAAGGCACAGAGGCAGCAAUAGACAAGAAUAAAGUGGUCAGGAAGUCACAUGAUCCUUUGUCUCAGGUGUUGCUGAAACAACUACGCAUGUUGUAAUGCCUGCUGCCAUUGCUACACCAUCAGUAUUAUAAGGAGUUACCAUGUGCAUGUUCCAGGCUGUGUCCAACUCCAAAGAAGUCUCUUCACCCUGCAGAUGUCAUUUUGUGCCUGUUACAGCCAGAUCUGUCAAGAGGGAUGUGCUGCUCUCCCCUUGACAAACACAUCAAUUCAAUUGGAGUAGGUAACUUACUGCAUGUUGAUUACAGAUGUGAGGUCAUUCAGGUCAGCCUCAGCUUACUUCUUUCCAAAUUUCUGAUGAGGUGAUUUUAAAGUGUUGCAGUGUGCAUGUUCUUACAAUGAUGUAAGAACAGUUUUUAACUUUACAUACUUCUCAGAGUGUGAGAUCUCUUCUAGUCGAAGCACUUUCCCUCCCAACCAACCAGCAAGGCAGGACCUAGUUAUCUGUCGUGGGGACCUGACUUUCAGUGUUUAAUCUGGCUUAUUUUUGUUCAUACUGUCAUUUCAUGCUUCUCUGCAGAAUUGAAAAGCUCCGUCCAUCGAUUUUGUGAAUGAAGCUAUGGCAGGGUGUGCUUGUUACCUGUUUGUGCUUUAUAUGCAGUCAAUUUAUGCACUGUGCUCUACGUACUAUCAUCAUAAAAUAUUGUUUCAAGGUUGUGCUGCCUGAAAGUUUUGACAUUUUGAAAAAAAUUAAUUUUACUUUGUAUGAAACUUGACGAGCGGAAAGCUCAUUCCUUCACGACACUAACGAAACAGUACUCAAACAUAAGUAGAUCCGAGAACACACACAUCUGAGAAAACCAGGAAUAAAAAGAUGGUGUUUAUAUUCAUGUAUGUGGUUAUUUCCAUAUUAUUGACCUAAACAAAACUUUCAGACGAAUAAACUUGUUUAAGGAUCACAA